AUGCCUUUGGCUGCAGUUGGCAUUGGUAGCAAGACUACUGGGACAUACUGCAUCUAUUUGGUAGAAAAACACACGUGUACUAAUUAUGCUGUGUUCCAAGCACUUUUAAACGAGGUUUUAGCGAAAACUGUUCAAACUCGUGUUUCUUUUGCUACGAAGGAUGAAUUGAGAUGUCUGCUUACCCUUGCUGAAAGCGAGGCAGAAAAAGAGCGUAUAAAAUAUGCAGUUGUGAAGUCGGCUGGAAUGUCUGCUGAUAAAGCAAAUAAAGUGUUUGGAUUUCACAAUAUGAAUAGAAGGGCUGAAGCAAUAGAAUUGGCAUACAAAGAGGCAUGUGAAAUUAAGGAUUCAAUAAUGAAUAUUGCACAUCUGAAGGAUAGGGCACUCUUGGGUUCGUUUGGAUUGCAAGACACACUAAGCGGUGAUGAAAAUUCGGACAGUGAAGACGAUGAUGAGCUACUGGAGCAACCCAAGGCGGAAUAUAAUAAUUUUGCUGAUGAAAAACAAGUUGUGGAUGAUAAUAGCAGUAAUUAUAUUUCUCAGCAGAACGACUUGCCCGAUAUUACAAGGGAAAUUAAAUCUGAGGAUAUAUUAGAUGUUUUGAAACAAACCAAGUUUAACUGGUUUGCACUUGAGGAGGCCAUAAGUCAAAAGUUCCCAUUGCUACCCAAGGAAACGAUCAAUCAGUCACUUUCGACCAUUAGCGAGCAACUUCCUUGCCUGCCUAGUUUGAGCAAAGAAGAUAACAUGCUUCUUAAACAAUCGAGACAAGCCUUCAUUCUUGUCAACAACAGUUCAGAAAAAGAAGAAGAUCUUCAAGAUGGACUGAUAGUGUCAGACUCUGACUCAAGUGACGCAGAGGUAUGGCAGAAUGGCAUAUCGAAUGUGCUUGACAAUAAUGGCAGGCUGCUUAUUGAAAAGAAAAGAGCUUCCCUAAAAAGGAAGGCAGUCAGAGUCGCCAAGAGACGAAUAAUGGAAAAGAGAUUCCUUAGGCGUCGGCGCAGUAAACGAAUCAGCAAAAUAAUAAAAGAAUGCCCUGGAAUUGGCGAAGCCAUAGAAGAAUACGUUUCACAGUGUGGUGCUGGUGCUGAUGCCUGGCGUCGGACUGGCGUUGUUACCUUUGAUGGCAACAAAAAAGUUCAGAAAAAGGCAACUUUUAAAUGCAUCAAGGCAUUUUUAGAAGAAAAGUAUAAGCGCAAUUUCGCCUAUGGAACUGUUGUACAGAUGUGCAUUGCAAGGAAUAAAAGAAGGCGUUCUGCUGGCCGCUACAAGGGACUUGCUAAAGUUGUUCAUAGGCGGGCAAGAAUAGGGUUUAACCUUCGUUUUAACCCGGAUAGUCACUGGAGUGCAGCCUUAUAUUCAGAGCUGAAUAAAAUCCAGUACACUGAUGGCACAAACAUUACCAACAUUGGAAGGGAUGACCAAGCAGGAUUUCGCCUUGAUACCAUGUCUACUCACAAGCUUCAUGGCUCAUUAUGUGUAUCAGGAAAAGAAGCCUUAACAACACGAACAGAUUAUGUGAAUAACUACCCUUCAACCUUGCAAACAACUUCAUACAACUUUCCAGCAACCACAACAAGUGGUGAAAUAUGUGCAGGCAUGGUUAAGGCAGCAGGACUGUAUGAAAAAGGCCCACCACAGCAUAUGCCUGACCUAAAAUUCUUGGAGAAACAAGACGCAAUUAAACCAGCAUUCACUAAUAUUGCGAAUGGUGCAAUGAAAGAGAUUGAAUGUAUUAGGGUUGAUGGAAGCUUCGACGAGGGUCCAGCCCAUCAAGAAAUACAGUAUUGGAGGACCUUAAGACACCUUGAAAAGGAAACUAGAGCUCUUAUGGUAUCAUCUCGUAGCAGUGGCGGAAGUUACCUUAACCGUGUGGAACUGCAGAAUGGCUGCCUGGCGUUAGCCCAUUCUAACCUUUUUAUUCCGUCAACUCUACAUGGUUCGUGCCGUUCUGAGUCUGGUCAGAUUGAUCAAAUCUUACUACAUAAGAAGUUGGAAGCAGCAAUUGAUAUUUAUAUUUCUAGGGUAGAUGGUGCUCCAUGUGCGUCCACACAUAUACAUAUGUAUAAAGGGGCUGAAUCUGCUACCGAGAGAAAAGAGAGUGAAUUGCUAAACAUUUUUCUGAAAGGCAAUAAGAAGCAAAAGGAGGAAUUGAAAUCAAAUCACCCUGAAAUGCACAAGAAAUUUGAAAGAAUAUGGCAAUUACGUGAAAGGCAUCUGUGUAAUUCAAAGUUUCCGUCAAAGUAUCUAUUCUACCUUGUUUGUUGCUAUGAGCAAGGUUGCAUCCAUCCUGUGUGUCAACGAGAACAAAGCGAUCCAGGGCUUUCGUGGUAUCCAGGUGGGCCAGGUUUGCGAUAUGUUCCCAUCCCAACACCAGACCCACUGAGGCCUUAUGGAGGACAGUGUAGUGAAUGUAAAACUGUCUGUGCUGGACACUACAUGAAGCCAGACAAGCUUCUAGAAAAUUUUAUUUCAAACGGAGCGGUGGGAAAUCCUUCACCACUGUCAGAAGUAAUUCUUGCAGUCUUCCAAAAGUAUAAAGUUGUACCCACUGCAGAAGUUAUAGAGGAAACAGCAAGGAAGGUCCUUCUUACUCCUGAAGAAGUCAAGUUUUGGUUCGAACACCUUUAUCAAAUUCAUGAAAACAGGAAAAGAGGCGCUAAGAAAGCUGCAGAGACAAGGAAGAGAAAGGCUAAAGAGAAAGAACAAACAAAAAACAAACAACCUGGAGGGAAUGAGUUGCAAAAAACAAUUAAUCAGGAGGAUGAAGAGAAUGAACUUUGCUUUAUCUGCAGUUUGAAAGAUCCUGCAUCAGAUAAUGCUAAUAGUCAAGGCACGGUUUCGUGGAUUCAGUGUGAUGGUUGUCUGCGUUGGUGUCACGUAGAGUGUGUUGGAUUACAAGGGUGUUUCCCAGAUGUGUGGAUGUGUUUAGGAUGCAAUUGA